UUAGAAUUAGCUGUACAUCACCCUCCCCGAUUACCUUUAGUGUAUUUUUGCAAAAAACAUUUCACACUUUGUUGGCCACAAAUAAUGCAAAGCCAUAUCCAGCGACGACGAUGUCACAGCACGCGGCGUUCCGCUUUUCGCACUCUCACGACGCGGCGACGUUCUGCGCCUCAGCCCAAUUACCACGCGCGUGUAAGCGUGAUCGAGUCGUCGCGACGCCCCAUCCGAGCUGCUGGAGUUCUUGGGGGAGAAUCCUUCUUCGUGGUGGUGAACUUGGUACUUAAUAGUUUCCGAGUCCAAUUUUCCACUUUGACUGAGGAAAAGUAAGUGUCACCAGCAUUUCUGGCUGAACCGUGUCGCGAAGGCAGUCCCAAGGUCUUGCGGGACGAUUUUCGUGCCUCCCCGUUGAUGGUGGUAUAAAAGGCAAACUUGGCAGGAAAAGUUCGUCAAUCAACUACCGCGGUUGUUCCGGUGAACGAUUCGAAUUGCGCGCGCGCCCUCGUCCUCUUCAAGAAAUGCAGUCUGAGUUAAAGUGAAGUUAUUCAAAGUGUAGAAGAACUUUAAACGGCCAAGAACAUGGUGCCAGUGCUGAAUGUGGUUGCAUCCGUUGCAAUAGUUCUUCUAGUGGUGCUGAAUCGAGCAGUGGAGUGUGUUACAAACAGUAAAACAACAAGUUCCCCGUCCAUUAACGAUGGGGUUAAGGACUUGAAACCGGACGGGACGAGCUUUUGGAGUCCCCAGCCGGAGUAUUACGAUCGGGAUCGCUACAGCAGGCCGGACCGGACGGAUUUCGUGACUUCGUUCGGAAGUAACGAGAAUAAGUACGGCGGAAGUACGACGGCGUCCUAUGGAAACAAGGAUCGAUUUGGAUAUGGCCCCUUCAGUACCACCGGCACCGGUAGCGGCAGCGCAUACUUCACCUCGGGAGGAAUCUACGACCGAAACAAGCCCCUACACUACGGUGCUCCCCAGCCAGUGGAGUACACCCAUGAUUACGACAAUCACUACGACUACAACUCCCAGCAGGGUCACGGUUACAGCCUGGGACAUCACCCGUACGGCAGUGGCAAGGACCUGGCCAAGUCGGUUCUCAUCCCGUUGGCUGGGGCGGCACUGCUUGGAAUUGCUGCCGCCUUGGUGGCCAACCCGGUCCUGCUGCACCUCGGAGUGGCCGCCGGCAAGAAGCGCAAGCGAAGGGACGCCGUCAUGGCCAAUGCCCACAAUCUGGCGUACCGUGCCCAGCUGAGGAAGCCUCCGACGUAAGAGCAGGUGCAGAACUCAUACCGGAAGACCGACCCUGCCCAUCAAAUGGAAAAAAAACGAUGCCAAAAUCAAACUGUGGAACGUGUGUGUUGCUGAAGCUAAGAAAUGGAGAUGAAUAACCAUUGUUACCUCGCUCGGUUGUAGGAAAUUUGUUCGUACAAUGCUUUUAUGUUUAGUAGUAGGUAAUUAGUUGCCGUAAGUUGUACUGUUUAGUUUUAGCCAAGUCCCCUUCGUAAACGUGUCAGUAAGUUAUAAGUGCAAAUAAAUGCGUAAUUUAUGAUUGAA